UCCGUUGUUCAAUCCUCUCUCUACCGUUUCAUAAGAAAAAACACAAAACGACCCAGAAAAGAAAGAAAGUAAGAAACUGAAGGAAAAAAAAUAAAAUUCACUCCCUCUAAUUAAUCUAACGACAACCAACCAUUAACAAUUUUCCCUCUGUUCCUGAAACCCUAGAGAGAGAAAGAGAAAGAGAAAGAGAAAGGAACCAUGUCUGAUGCGUUCUGCUCCGAUUGUAAGAGGCAGACGGAGGUGGUGUGCGAUCACUCGGCGGGGGACACGGUGUGUUCGGAGUGCGGUCUCGUCUUGGAGUCGCACUCCAUUGAUGAGACCUCUGAGUGGCGAACCUUCGCCAACGAGUCCGGCGAUAACGAUCCCGUUCGUGUCGGGGGUCCCACAAACCCUCUCCUCACUGACGGUGGCCUCUCCACCGUCAUCGCCAAACCCAACGGCGCCUCCGGCGAGUUUCUCUCCUCUUCCCUCGGCCGCUGGCAGAAUCGCGGUUCCAACCCCGAUCGCGGCUUGAUCCUCGCCUUCAAGACCAUCGCCACCAUGUCCGAUAGGUUGGGACUCGUUGCAACCAUCAAGGAUCGAGCUAAUGAGAUAUACAAGAGGGUUGAAGAUCAGAAGUCUAGUAGAGGAAGAAAUCAGGACGCGUUAUUGGCUGCCUGCCUCUACAUAGCUUGUCGACAAGAAGACAAGCCUCGCACUGUAAAGGAAAUUUGCUCUGUUGCCAAUGGAGCAACAAAGAAGGAAAUUGGCAGAGCAAAAGAAUACAUAGUGAAACAACUGGGUUUGGAAAAAGGUCAAUCUGUGGAGAUGGGAACAAUACAUGCUGGAGACUUUAUGAGGCGAUUUUGUUCAAACCUUGGUAUGAAUAAUCAAGCUGUUAAAGCUGCACAGGAGGCUGUUCAGAAAUCAGAAGAAUUUGAUAUAAGGAGGAGUCCCAUAUCAAUUGCUGCAGCAGUUAUAUACAUCAUAACUCAGCUUUCAGAAGAUAAAAAACCUCUCAAAGAUAUAUCGUUUGCCACUGGAGUUGCAGAAGGAACCAUUAGGAACUCGUACAAGGAUCUUUAUCCCCAUGUUUCAAAAAUAAUACCAACCUGGUAUGCAAAGGAAGAGGAUUUGAAGAACCUUUGCAGCCCUUGAAGCAAAACAAUAGCCACCAAAUUUAACAACUUUAGAUGUCAUUUGAGCAUUCUGUUUUGUAUGUACUGAACCCUUUACUUUUACUAAAAUGAAAGUACCUUUUUUUAUUUUUUAUUUUUCUUUUUGGCACUUUUCUUGUAGUUAACUGCACCAUUCAUUUUGGUUCACCCUCCCAAUUUGAGUUUCUAGGGAAGAGGCACCAUUCAUAGAUAAAAUUUGCUCGACCUUGAUGAAAGUAAAGCUUAUUUUGUACAAGAGUUGAAUUUAUCAAUGCGUCUAUUGUUCUCCAACUUAUUGUCUUUGCCACUUGA